GUAGCGGCAGCAGACACAGCAGGAGCAGCAACCAGGAGAGCAACCAAGGCGGCGAGGGCGGCUUCGCCAGCAGCAGCAGCAGCAGUCCCCUCAGCUACUCUGCAGUGUUGCGAGGGGCGCACGUGUGCCGCCGCUUCGCCAACCUUAUCGUGCUGCGUCACCCCACCCAGCGGCUGCGCUCCCACUUGCUCUUCCUGGCCGCCACCUACUCCCAGCUCUACGAGCCCGCCAGCCUGGCUGCGGCCUUCGCACCGGGUCACAUCGCCUCCUCCCCCUCCUCCUCCUCGGCCCCCUCCUUGCCCCCCUCCUCGCCCCCAUCCUUACCCUCCUCAUCCCCUUCCUCGUCCUCCUCCUCGUUCACCGCAUGGCUCUUCUCCUUCUUCUCCCCCUCCCCGCGCUCCUCCUCCCCCCCGUCCUCCCCCUCCCCACGCAACUCCUCCUCGCUCCCCUCCCCCUCGGCCCCCUCCUCCUCCCCUGCCGCCCGCUGGUGGCGCCGCCUGGCUCCCCCGCUGUUCGACAACUACCUGGUGCGCUCGUUGGGGGGGGAGGGCGUGUUCGCACUGCCGCCGGGCAGCCUGGCGGGAGGGGGAGGGCAGGAGGAAGGAGGGGGAGGAGGAGCGGGGGAAGAGGGAGGGGGAGAAGGGCGGGCGGAGUCGCCCUACCUAGCCCUGGCGAGGACCAUGCUGGCGCAGUACGAUGUGAUACUGGUGCUUGAGUCCCCCUCUGCUGCUGUGGACCGCUCCAGUCGCUGGGGUCUGGGCUGGUCGGCCCCCCUGGCAGCAUUCCACUCCCGGAACACCUCCAAGAUGGUACAGGGAGGGGGGAAGCAGGAGGAGGGGGAGGAUGACAGUAGCAGCGGCAGCGGCAGCGGCACUAAUAGUAGCAGUAUCAGCACUGACAGCAGCAAUAUCGGUAGCGGCGGUAGUGCCAUCCAGGCAGGCAUUGAGGGAGCCAACAGCGGCGGUAUUGGUAGCAGCCGGGGUGAAGAGGAGGAAGAGGAGGAGGGGGUGUUUGGAGGGCCGCUGGCGCACCUGCUACCCGCACCUGCCGUACUUCGGGAGCUAGAGGCGGAUGCCGUACGGCACGACAUGCCGUUGUACGAGUACGGCAGGUUGCUGGCGGGGCUGGAUGAUGUGGUGUGGCGGGCGGCGGCGGAGGAGCUGGGAGACCCG